UCGCCCGGGGAAGCGGGGGCAGGAGGAGGCCGGAGCAGGUGCCCGCUCGGCAGCUGCAGGCAGCCGCAGGGAGCCCCAGCUGUGCCUCUGCCGGUGUGCCCUCCUUAGCCCGCGGUCCCCGCGCUGUGUCCCGCCGCUGACAUGUGUGCCGCACGGAUGCCUCCCCUGGCGCACAUCUUCCGAGGGACUUUCGUCCACUCCACCUGGACCUGCCCCAUGGAAGUGCUUCGGGAUCACCUCCUCGGUGUGAGCGACAGCGGCAAAAUAGUGUUUUUAGAAGAAGCAUCUCAACAAGAAAAACUGGCCAAAGAAUGGUGCUUCAAGCCGUGUGAAAUAAGAGAGCUGAGCCACCAUGAGUUCUUCAUGCCUGGGCUAGUGGAUACACACAUUCAUGCCCCUCAGUAUUUCUUUGCUGGAAGUAAUGUAGACCUGCCACUUCUGGAGUGGCUGACCAACUACACAUUUCCUGUGGAGCGGAGAUUCCAGAGCAUGGAUUUUGCUGAAGAAGUCUACACCAGAGUUGUCAGGAGAACGCUAAAGAAUGGAACAACCACAGCUUGUUACUUUGGAACAAUUCACACUGACUCAUCUCUGCUCCUUGCGGAAAUUACAGAUAAAUUUGGGCAGCGGGCGUUUGUGGGCAAAGUAUGCAUGGAUUUGAAUGAUGCUGUUCCAGAAUACAAGGAAACCACAGAGGAAUCAAUCAAGGAAACAGAGAGAUUUGUGUCAGAAAUGCUUCAAAGGAAUUAUCUUAGAGUGAAGCCCGUAGUGACACCACGUUUUUCCCUUUCCUGCUCUGAGACUUUGAUGGGUGAACUUGGCAACAUCGCUAAAACCCAUGAUUUGCACAUUCAGAGCCAUAUAAGUGAAAAUUGUGAUGAAGUUGAAGCUGUGAAAAACUUAUAUCCCAAUUAUAAACACUACACAGAUGUUUAUGAUAGAAACAAUCUUCUGACAAAUAAGACAGUGAUGGCGCAUGGCUGCUACCUUUCUGCAGAAGAACUUAACAUCUUCAAUGAACGAGGAGCAUCCAUCUCACAUUGUCCCAAUUCUAAUUUAUCGCUCAGCAGUGGCUUUCUCAAUGUGCUUGAGGUCCUGAAACAUGAAGUGAAGAUAGGGCUGGGGACAGAUGUGGCUGGUGGUUAUUCCUCAUCCAUGCUUGAUGCCAUCAGAAGAGCAGUGAUGGUUUCCAAUAUCCUUUUAAUUAAUAAGGUAAACGAGAAAAGCCUCAGCCUCAGAGAAGUCUUCAGACUAGCCACUCUUGGAGGAAGCCAAGCCCUGGGGCUGGAGAGUGAGAUUGGAAACUUUGAAGUGGGCAAAGAAUUUGAUGCCCUUCUGAUCAACCCCAAAGCAUCUGACUCUCCCAUUGAUAUGUUUUAUGGGGAUUUUGCUGGUGAUAUUUCCGAGGCUGUUAUCCAGAAGUUCCUCUAUCUAGGAGAUGAUCGAAAUAUUGAGGAGGUUUAUGUGGGUGGCAAGCAGGUGGUUCCAUUUUCCAGCUCAGUGUAAGAAGUUCUCCUGGGAUGACAUGACUCUGCGUCUCCCUUGUGCCCAGGCGUGGUUGGAAAGUCACAAUCAGUACCUUGUUCUUGGGAUGACUAUCUCUUUCUGUGUCUAGUUACAGUAUUCACUUGGUAAACUGCUUGAAGGAAGUGCAGUAAUUCCCAACUCUGGUUGGGAGGUUUCAUAAUUUCAUGAAAAUGUCUCCCUUUUGACCUGUUCAGGUUUACUUCAAGCUCAAACAGAAGGGGAUAUUAUUGCUGGCAGUUAUGUCUAUUAUGAGAUUGAAGUGAAAUCUUUUUCCUAUGUGGAAACGUGGAGAGCAAAGAUAUUCCUAUAAGGUUAGAUAUUUUGAGCUAACAAGUAUGAAAAUUAUGGAACUAAAAAUUAACCAGUGACCAUAUUUUUAUGAGGGAACAAAAAUUAGACAGUGAACAAAUGUUGGAAAAAAAAUCACUUCAGAUUGUCUUUGAAAAUUAUAUGCUGAGCAUAAACUUACUGAAUUUUAAAAUGUGUUUCUAGAUUGACUUUGUGUUUUGGAAAUUUGCACUUAAUGGAAUCUGCGUUUCACAGAUGUGUUCUUGUUGUGCUUUGCCUUCUUUAGGGAUGGAUGUCAGGAAUUGAAUGCCAUAUGCUUUUUAAAUAUAGUUCUGUGCUUCAAAGUGUUUGACAGAAGUUAAGUAUUAAAGAUUUAAAGUCUCUUAGGAAUAUUAUAUAACUACAUGGCAUAAAUAACUGUAUUUUGGUGCACUUUAAAAUCAUCUUAAUUUAUACCUGUGUGAUGUUAUCAUUGCUUCCAUUUUAUUAGAAGAGAAACAAAUUCCAUACACCAUUGUUGUGUAGAAUGGAAUUUUUAAUAAAUCAGGGCAAGUACUGGGUGUCCAUUAGCUAUUGAUACUAACAGGACAGAUUCCUUUGCAAUGGCCUAUUCUACCCAACCAUAUCCCACAGUUGCUGAAAAUUUCAUACUCAGAUGUCAAUCUGCUAGAAUUUUAAAAUGAAGGACAAAUCUCAUUAAAGAAAUAUUAUUAAAAAUAUUUUAAAACCCUACAUAUUGAAAACACUCCAUUUUCUAAUCUUAAUCCAAUUAUCCAUUUGAUUACUUAUAAUUUUCAGGACAUUAGAACUUUAUGAUAAUGAAAAAUGUGUAGAUGUCCCACGUAAGGUUUCUGUGAACACGAGCUGAUAUAUACAAGGCAUCUAGGAAUAUUAAACAAAGUGAAGAGCAUUAUAUGCUCCUAAUUAUACAGUGUCCUUUCCCCAAACUCAGAAUUAAAACAAAUUGUAAUCUUAUGAUAAAACCUUAAAAUUACUGAGUCUUAUUUAAAACCUAUAUUUUUAAAAUUUAUUCCAAAUAUUAUAAAUAAACCAGGAAAGGGAACAGAUUUCUCAACAUGACAUUCAUUCCUGGGGCUCCAGUGUGACUCCUUCAUGCUACCUUGCAUUAGAAAACUUUAUAUAACUAAUUCCAUACCUACAAAACUAAGAACAUGAUUUUUCUAUAGCAUAAAUAUUACUUUUACAUAUUCAUCUUAAUUCAGCAGUAAUUUGCCCAGUUUUUUUCCCCAGUGGUAGAAACUCUUUUAGAGUUAAAAAAAAAUUAACUUUAUUUUGUUUAUUUUAUUUUAUUUAUCAAAUGUGGUGCUGAGUAUCAAACCCAGUGCCUCACACAUGCUAGGAAAUCACUCUACCACUGAGCCACAACCCAACCCCCAUUUUUAGAUUUAAUUGUAUGUAUGCUACAUUUAAACAUGGAACAAAUUCUUGAUCUUUUUAACAAAAAGUUUGUUUUGUGGGAUAUUAAGUAACUCGGUAAAUCCAAUUACUACUCUUUGUGUGUAUUUCUAGUAUUUCUGAUUCCUGAGCAACAUCAAAGAUGCUCCACAAAACUUAUCCCCAUUUCUCUACAAUGUUGGCAGAUGCUCCCUGCUCACUUAGUCUCUGCCAAGGAAACUUAAUUACACAAUAUGGGCUUAGGAACUCAGAUGAGGUGAAAGUCCUUCUAAUAGUGGAGAGCUGCUUCCAGCCUUUGCAAGAUCCUACAUUUUAUAUUCCUUUAAGGGUGUACAUUUUGAUGUUGAAGUCAGUUUUCAUAUAGAUUCAGGAUUCACAAACAGUAAUGUAAUAGUAUCAGAAGCAGGAAUAGUGGCCACAUGCAACCAUUCAACUUAGCCCUGGUAGUAUUAUUAAGACCUGAAUAACUUUUCUAGUAAAAUAGAAUGUGUUGAAAUGUUUACAUGGACUUUGAUCUCUGCAUCCCUUAUAACUUAUGUGUUUUAUUUCCCCGAGUGCAAUGUUCCUGAAUGUUACAUAUGCUUUUUUUCAGUACUUCAGGCCUUAGCCAUACAUGGGGCCAGAUGUUUUGCACUUUGGAAUGUUGCCUUUGCCUAAUGUGAGUUGACUUUCUGAAUUGUGGAGAGGCACUCUUCCAAGCCAGUCCUGUUUGUCCCUUUAUGUUGGAAUGGUUUGCUCUCUGACAGGAAAGAAAGAAUUAAAAGCUUGAUGUCCCCCAGCCCAAUCCUGCACCAUUUGCCCCAUUUUCAUGGUCUAUUCCAUGAAAUGUAUUUUAAAAGGUAAAAGCAUAUUUAAAAGCAUCUUCUAUCAUACAUUUACAAAAUAUGUGUGCAACCAAAACAAAAAGUAGGAGAAUCAGCUGAGGUAAAUUUGAUCUUCAAACGAGAGGGAAACAUGUGAAAGAAAAAAAUAGGAAGUGACAGAUUGUCCUAGCCAUCAACUGAGACCAAGGAGGUUGCUACUCCUUUUUGCUGUUUCUCUAAUUGAAUUGUCAGAGGUUUUACAAUCCAAGAGGGUUUCCUGUUGUGCCAGGAGAUUUUUCUAAGUUGAUUCUGUGAGCAUUGAACCCCACUGAAUCUCUUUUCUAGUGAGAAGUCUGCAAAUUAAAGGAAGGGGAAUGGUAGAAAAUACUUCCCUGUAUGCUUGGCUGAUUUUGAAGUGUGCCCUUGAAUAUCCCUAUUGGCAACUGAGAUCAUAGGAAGCAUAAUGGGUGUGAGAUCUAGCAAAGGAUUUUGAAUCUUCACUCCCUACCAGACUUUUCCUAUUUUUAAAGCUCUUCACCCUAGAACCAGCCGUAUGGAAAGCUUUUAAGGCAAACUCCAAAGCACAUUGUAUCAUUUCUACCUUGUGGUACACAUGGAAGAUAUCCAGAAAUGGAUGCUUCUGGAACCUAUUGGACAUCUUUUUUAUUGUUGUCCAUUUUUUUUUUAAGUGGAUGUUGCUGCUGGAAACAUUCACACACUUAAAAAAGAGUGUUCUCAGGCAUUAAAAGGUGGACUAAGAAGUGUGUUAUGGGCAAUGACUUGAAAUUACUUUUAAAUUGUAGGAAUUGUUAUGAGUUUAAUAAUUUUUUGGUUGGGUUGGGUUUUUUUAUUUUUUAUUAUUAUUUGUAAGACUUAUGGGAGAUGUUUGCAAUUUCAGAUCUAGUAGCUACUUUAGGUACAACUUUGGACCUCAGACUUUAUAAUGUUCCUGAAGACAUCAAAGAAAUACACAAAAAGAUUGAAGAUGUAUCCAAAGACUGGAAAAGAAAGGACACUCUUAGAAAACCCUGACAUUGAUCAUUCUGACUCUUUCACACCCAACCUCAUCCCCUUCUACCUCCAAUAGUCUGGAGUGUGAGACACAGAGGGCUGAGGGGUUGGUUUGUGGAUCUAGUUCAAAUUUAGGGAAAUGCAAACGUAAAGCAGGCCAUUGAUGAAAUUAAACACAAAUUUGAAAAAGGCUUUCACAGUCCGUGGAGUUCAAGUGGCUUGGGUAACAGACGUCAUUCUUAGCUCACUUGUUAUAUGGAAAGUGAUUUGCCUGUCCCUUUCCUAUCCAGAAGCCUGUCAGAAAGCAUUCUUCAGUGAAAACCACUUUACCUUGUUGUUAAACUCCUGAUCACUGCUCUUAAGAAUAUAUAUAAAUAUAUAUGUAGUCAUGGGGACAGUUUUCCCCACAGUAUUUGUAUGAUUUGCUUAUUGUUAUUGUGCUGAGUGAUCUCCUUUGUGCUUCAGAAAAAAAUAAAUGAGAUUUUGUGUUUACGUUA